UUGUGUUGGCAGUCUACAGAGAAUACGUAAACUGGUACAGAAGGAGAUCUCUGAAGCAGUGGAAUGAAUUUGACCAUUUGGAAAAUUACCACAGAGGAAAAUCCAAACAAAGUUUCCAGACGAACAUUAAUCCUGUUACGGUUCUGGACGCGUUGUGGAUUUAUACCUGAAAACCACCUGCAUUAAGGUGUAAUCUCAUCCACCAGCCAACAGAUACCUUCACCUCCUGUGAAUUUGUUUGCUGGGUAAAAAAAAAAAAAGGCAGCAGUUUUUCCACAGCUAUGAGUAGGCUCAGGGAAAAAAGUGUUGGAAUCUUCUGCUGUCUUGUGUUGCUCGUUGUCAGCUUCACUUCCUUAUAUUUAAGAUAUGUAGCGAGCCUCGUCCCUGUGGCCAGUGAGGGAAAUCUGAGCAUCAAUUUAGACGACACGCUCAACUUUGGGGCCAGACAGGAGGUUGAAACACGCACAUCUUGGAAAGCUCCUAUCAUCUGGGAGGGGAUGUUUGACCCCAAACUUUACGACCAAAAGCACAUCCAAAAAAAAUCAUCUGUGGGCCUCACCGUGUUUGCUGUUGGAAGGUACCUGGAUGCCUACCUGAAGACUUUCCUUACCUCUGCAGAACAACAUUUCAUGUUGGGAUUACAAGUGACAUAUUACGUGUUCACCGAUCAACCAGACAAGGUACCACACCUCGAGCUCGGUCCUCAGCGAAGCCUGAAGGUUAUCCAGGUGGAAAAGCACUCCAGGUGGCAGGACAUCUCUAUGAUGCGCAUGAAAACAAUAUCAGAUACCAUAGAAUCAGAGAUUCGUCACCACUGCAAUUAUGUCUUCUGCUUUGAUGUGGAUCAGGAGUUUAAGGGAAGAUUUGGCUCAGAGGCUCUGGGGGAUUCUGUAGCUCAGAUACAUGCCUACUUUUACAAAGCUCCACAGCAAAGCCUCACCUAUGACAGAAACCCCAAAUCCAAAGCCUACAUGGAAUACGGAGAUUACUACUACCACGCUGCUCUCUUUGGAGGCCUGUGUGAACAUGUGAAGAAUUUGGCAGAUUACUGCUUUCUGGGUAUCAUGGAGGACAAACUAAAUCAUGUGGAGGCUCUGUGGCACGAUGAGAGUCAUCUAAACAAGUACUUUUGGCUUCACAAACCAACCAGGUUGCUCUCCCCCGAGUACUGCUGGGACCGGGCUCCCAACAAGGACAUACAAGUCAUCCGCCUAAUAUGGGCACCAAAACAUUAUGACACACUUCGUACUAAGUAGAGUGGCUAGAAGAGCAAGAAAUAACGCAGUGCAAGAUUGUUUACUGAAAGGCUUUGUAUUGGACUCUUACUUAGAAAAGAAAUAGCAGAAUUAACCUUUCUAUUUGCCUUUGUUGAAAAUCCAACUCAGGUAAAUCUUAAUUGUCUUUGUCAAGAAUGUGUUGAGAGGAUUAUGUUGACAAAAAGGUUUGAUACCAAAUCUGCGUUACUUAAUAUAUUAAAGAUGUCUUCAAUUCAUAUUUUUAUACAAAGAAAUUCUGACCU